ACAACAGGCGCGAGGAGCGGAUCUUCAUCUUCGAGUGGGAGUUGGAGCGAACUCCUAGUGGGUCUAGCAGCUCAGCAUCGAUUACCUGUAGUGGCAGGAGAAGCAUCAUCAGAGCCUGGAGAACAACAUAGAGGUAGAGUAGAGGUAGACAACAAAAUACUUGCUGGACGAGGAGAGGAAGAUGAG